CACAUUGCUAGCUUUCUCCCCUCACUUAUCCAACCUGAUCAAGUAGAAUUUGUAUUAGGAAAGCAGGCACCAGAUGCUACAAGUUACACUCAGGGGCGGACUGAUAACUCAUGGGUCCCCCAGGCAAAAGGGGAUAAUGGGGCCCCUGUGUCGCUGUCCAAACUCAAAAAAGCCUAUGAAAAAGGUACCAGGGGCAUCUCAUGGGGCCCCCUACUGACCCCAGCCCUUCGGGCAGUGCCCGAGUUUCCAAAUGGUCAGUCCGCCCUGGUU